AUGAAUGUGGUUGCCAUAUUCUUCCUCUUUCAGACUGGGAUUGGGCUCCUAGGAAACUCAGCAUUGCUCAUGGUGUAUGUCAAUGUCUUCAUAAACCAACCCAAUCAGAUAAAGCCUGCUGACCUGAUCCUCACUCACUUGACCAUGGCCAAUGCAGUGACACUGCUCACUCAGGCUGCCCCAUGGAUGGUGAUGGCCUUCAGGUGGGAGAAUAAUCUGGAUAUUGUUGCAUGCCAGAUAGCUCUGUACAUGAGGAGAGUGGCCAGGGGCCUUUCCAUCUGCACCAUGUGUCUCCUGAGUGUGUUCCAGGCCAUCACCAUCAGUCCCAGCACCUCCUGCUGGGCCCAGUUCAAACCCAGAGCCCGCAACUGCAUCGUCCCUUCCUUCCUUUUUUUCUGGAUCCUCAACCUAACGUUAGACGGGAACAUUUUAAAAACCAUCGCACCAAGCAUAAAUGUCACUACUGUAGUCAACAGUUAUAAUAGUAAAUGUUGUGGUAGUAUACUCAGGGCAAAUUAUUUAAAUAAUGUUGUUUUUCAAAGUGCCAUGACUUUCCGAGAUCUCUUCUUUGUGUUCCUCAUGAGCUGGUCCAGUGGCUACAUGGUGAUGGUGCUACACCAACAUCACAAGCAAGUCCAGCACAUCCACAGCACCAGCCUCUCCCCCAAAUCCUCCCCGGAGACCAGAGCCACCCAGACCAUCCUGCUCCUCGUCACCUGCUUUGUUUGCUUUUACUGCAUCAAUUUCAGCAUUAACUUUUCUUUAAAUUUUGUGGAGGAUGUUUUGAGGCUCUAUGACCCUGCAACAUUUCUCGGUGCCUGUUACGCCUUCCUCUGCCCUUUAGUGAUGAUCAGAAAUGAGUCUCGAGUCCCCAGAUCCCCCUGGAUCCUCAAGAUGCUGAGAAGGCUCUUUCCCCGCUUGGAACUCAGAGAUACGGAACGGGUCACCUCUCUAUCCAAUUUUCUGCCCAUGGCUCCACUGUGA